AUGCCAAAGCUUACUCCAGAGGGGCGCAAAGAACGCGCCCGUCAGCUGUGGCGCUAUUAUCAUCGGCUGAAAGAAAAAGAGCCGAACUCGCAGCACAUAGUAGCUGUUGACGAAACUGACCCGAAUCACGACUAUCUCAAAUUUCUGGGAUGGGAAGAGGGAGAGGCUGAAGAAUUAGAUCUAGCAACUGCAGCAUGGCCAGAAUCCUGGAAUCAGAGGGGCAAGCUUAGUACCUGGCUCAAGGGUACACUCCAGCAUUGGAGCGAGGAGUGGCGAAAGGAGCCGCGUGAUGAUGCCGAUAGCCCUCAAGAGACCGAUGAAGCCAAGGUGGCCGACCAGAGCAAGCCUACCCACGAGCAAACCUUGCGCCCCCCAUGGACGGCUACAGUCGAACCGACCGAUCCCGAUCCCGAGAAUCGCGAGGACGACUCUUCUGAUGACGAUGCCCGUCCGAUCACGCAUCCUCACUCCCCAGCCGCUAGAGGCUCUGUAGGCGUAAACACGGACGCGGUACUAAGAGAUGAGCCGCUUGUCGCGAACACCUCACACGCUACUGAUGGGGCUGGGCCCAAUGUCACGCUGCCGUCACAUGUGCGUACGGUCUCCGAGGUGUUCAAUUCUCUAAUCCGGAGGGCGGAGGACGAGGCGGCAAAGAAGCCUCAGGCAAGUAAAGGAGCGGUGCCGUCCCGCUCGACUAGAGACUCCCGAUACAAUACGGCGACGUCUUCCCUAGCGGCGGCUGAUCAAAACGGUGACAGGCGGGAUCGGUCACCGCUAAAAGCCCAGGAGUCUCGAGUUAGCCUCGCUCCUCAACAACCGCGUGAACCGCACCACUCGGCCGUCCAACGCAAUCUUCAUAACUCAUCGGAAAGCCACACUCAGCCAGGCCGCACUGUCAGGGCCCUGAUCACCGACGCCGACCAGUCCGACCAUCUCCAACAGGAACCGCGGCAGGCCAUUUUGCAGACUAAAGAGGAGAUCAACAGAUGGUGGUUUUGGUAUCGCCAGGUCUACCGAUCUCGCCGCCACAGACCGAGGUCUUAA